CUCAAACAAGGAGCAUAUCUUUGAGAAGGAAACAUUCAGAAUCCUCUCUUGUAGAUAUUUUGGGAUAUACUGAGCCUUAUUGUUAACUGUAGUCAUCCUACUGUGCAGUAGACUACAGAAUUUAUUCCUCUUGUCCAUCAAAAUCUUGUACCACUUGACCAGCCACUCCCCAGUCUCCUCUUCCACCUACACUCCCUGGCAUUUGCUAACCACUCUUUCCUUGUCUAUUUCUAUGAGACCAACUCUGCAAGAUGCUGCUUAUCAGUGAGUCAUGUGGUAUUUGUCCUUCUGUGCCUGGCUUAUUGCUCUUAUCAUGAUGUCCUCCAAGGGCAUUCAUGUUGUCUAGAGUGACAGAAUGUCCUUCUUCCAAUAGCUGAACAGUAUCCCAUUGUGUAUUAACACACAAAAAUCAAUACACAGGCAAUGCCAUGGCUGAGAAAGAACUUCUAAGAUCAAUCCUAUUCACAACAGCUACAAAAGAUUAAAUCCCUUGAAUAAAUUUAACCAAGGAGGACAAAGAUCUCUAUGAUCAAAAAAAAAUCUUUAAAGAAAGAAAAAGGAGACACACACACAUAAAAUGGAAAAAUCUUCCAAGUUCAUGGAUUGGAAGAAUCAAUAUCAUCAAAAUGUCCAUACUACAGGAAACAAUUUACACAUUCAAUGUGAUCCCAAUCAAAAUACCAAGGCCAUUCUUCUCAGGUAUAGAGAAAAUGAUGCUGAAAUUCAUAUGGAAUCUUGAGGCCCUGAAUAGCUAAAGCAAUCUUACACAACAAAAAGAAAGCUGGAGGCAUCACAAUACCAAAUUUCAAGACAUACCACAGGGCAGUUACAAUCAAAACAGUCUGAUACUGGCAAAAAAAUAGAUGUGUAGAUCAAUGGAAUAGAAUAGAAACUCCAGGAAUCGGGCCGGCGCCGUGGCUCAAUAGGCUAAUCCUCCACCUUGCGGCGCCGGCACACCGGGUUCUAGUCCCGGUUGGGGCGCCGGAUUCUGUCCCGGUUGCCCCUCUUCCAGGCCAGCUCUCUGCUAUGGCCAGGGAGUGCAGUGGAGGAUGGCCCAGGUGCUUGGGCCCUGCACCCCAUGGGAGACCAGGAAAAGCACCUGGAUCCUGGCUCCUGCCAUCGGAUCAGCGCAGUGCGCCGGCUGCAGCGGCGGCCAUUGGAGGGUGAACCAACGGCAAAAGGAAGACCUUUCUCUCUCUGUCUCUCUAUCUCACUGUCCACUCUGCCUGUCAAAAAAAAAAAAAAAAAAAAAAAAAAAAAAGAAACUCCAGGAAUCAAUCUACACAUCUAGAACUAACUUAUCUUUGACAAAGGAGCUAAAAGCAAUCCCUGGAGCAAGGACAGUCUCUUCUAUGAAUCGUGCUGGGAAAACUGUAUUUCCACCUGCAGAAGUAGAAAGCAAGACCCCUACCUUACACCUUACACAGAAAACCCACUCAAAAUGGAUCAAACACCUAAAUCUAUGACAUGAUACCAUCAAAAUACUAGAGAACAUUGGAGAAACUCUGGAGGAGAUUGGCAUAGGCAAAAACUUCUUGGAAUAUACCCCAGAAGCUAGAUAAUCAAAGCCAAAAUUGACAAAUGGGAUUACAUCAAGCUGAGAAGUUUCUGCACUGCAAAAGGAACACUCAGCAAAGUGAAGAGGCAUCUGACAGAAUGAGAGACAAUAUUUUCAAACUAUCCAACUGAUAAAGGAUUAGUAACCAGAAUCUACCAAGAGCUCAAGAAACUCAACAACAACAAAACAAUCCAGUUAAGGAAUGGGCAAAGGGCUUGGACAGGCAUUUUUAAGAGAGGAAAUUCAAAAAUCCAACAACACUUGAGAAAAUGCUCAGGAUCACUAGCCAUCACACAAAUGCAUAUCAACUUGUGUAAGCAUGGGGACUAAUUUAUGUGUGUGCAAUUCUUUCCAAGUCAACCUGGUACCAUGUGAACUACAGCCAAUCAUGUGUGUGAACAUAAACAUACAUGUGGACAUACACACAUUGCAAAUUCACCUGAAUGCAUGAAAACACCCAGAACAUCUUGGGGCUGGCAAUGUUGUGUAGCAGAUUAAGCUGCUGUGUGGCACCAACAUCCUAUAUGAGCACCAUUCAAGUCAUGGCUGCUAAACUUCAGAACAAGCUCCCUAAUAAUGCACCAGGGAAAGCAACAGAAGUUGGCCCAAGUGCUUAGGCCCCUGCACCCAUGUGUGAGACCUAGACGAAGCCCUGGAAUUCUGGCUUUGGCUCUGCCCAGCAGUGUUUAUUGCAGCCCUUUGGGGGAGUAAACCAGCAGACAGAAGAUCUCUCUCCAUCUGUCUCUCUCUGUCUCUCUCUCUCUCUCAAUCUCUCAACCUUUCUGUAAAUCUGUAUUUCAAAUAAACAAAUAAAUUUUUGAAAAAAAAAUACACAUAUUACCCCAAAGUUUGAUAGCUGUGAUUUUCUCUGUGCAGCAGGUCUGGAACAUAAAUUUCCCUGGUUUGACAGUUCCAUCAAAACCAUGCCUUUGCAAGUGGAAGGAAUCAAAGCUACUUUGAUAGACAGAGUUACAACCCUUUACCAAGGACAGAUUAGGAAAUUUAUAUAAAAUGGAGGAAGGAAGUAAAUUUUUCUCAAGGAUCUUGGGUAUUUUUUAAUGGGAAACACAGAUGAUGAUAUAAAUAGAUGUCAAGGGGUGUGUAUUCUCCCAGCAGUGGAGAUACUCCUCAAGAGGCCCACAUUCCAUUUCAUACUAUAUGGGGUUUGAUCCCCACUAUGCUUCAGAUUCAACUUCCUGCUAAUGCACAUCUUAAGAGCAGCAGGUGGUGGCCCAUGUUUCUGGGUCUCCACUGCCCACAUGGGACACCUGGUUGAGUUUUGGGCUCUUGGUUUUAUCAUGGCCCAGACUCACUUGUGAUAAUUUUGAUGUAAACCAAUGAAUAGGAGAUCUGGAUCUGUCUUUGCUGUCUCUCAUUGUCUCACUACCUUUCAAAUACACAUCAACAGAUAAUCUUUUCAAUAUGACACAUCAGCACAAUGAAUGGUAUUCAGUCUAAAAGCAGAAUGGAGCGCUCUCAUUUUGGGAAACCACGGAUGAACCCAGAGAUCAUUAGAAUAAGUGAAUUAGCCAGGCACAGAGGAGAAUUACCACAUGAUGGCACUUGUGAGCAGAAUCUUAUCAAGUUGAUUUCAUGGAAGUGGACAGUGGAAUAGUGGUUAGCAAAGAUCAGGGUGAGCAGGUGGCAGCGUGUGAUGGCAGAGGUUGGUUAGUGCAUUCAACGUUUCAGUUGGAUAAGAAGAAAACCUUCUGGUGUCUACCACCCAGUAGGGUGACCACAGUUAACAAUAGUGCUCUCUGUGUUCCAAAUAGCUAGAAGAGAGGAUUCUGAAUGUUCCCAACUCAAGGAAGUGACCAGCGUUUAAGGUGAUAGGUUUGCUUUGAUCACGGCACAAUGUAUACGUGCAUCUAGACACUGCACUGCCCCCUUCAUUAUGUCAACUAAAAGCAAAAUAAACCAUAUAUCAGCUCAUCUCCUCUAAUUGACAAACAUUUGUUAAUGAGAACUAAAAGGUGGUUCUUCUUUUAAGGUUUAUUUAUUUAUUUGAAAGUUGGAGUUACAGAGAGGUAGAGGCAGAGAGAGAGAGAGUGAGAGCAAGUGAGCGAGCGAGAGAGAGAUGUCUUCAAUAUGCUGGUUCACUCCCCAGAUGACUGCAAAGUCUGGAGCUGUGUAAAAGGCAGUUCUUAAAGUGUGCUGUAAUUUUCCAUUUUUCUGGCAAAAGUGUGAUGAAUCUAAAAAAUACCAUGAUGUUUUACAUCAGAGAAAUAGUUUCUCCUUUUUUUCUUUUGAAAAGGGUUUUGAAAUGUUUGCUAAUAUGGAAUGGUCAAUGAUAUUUCAUUAUGAAAGGUUGAGAACAAGAGAGAGGGAGAUCUUCCAUCUCCUGGUGUGAUCCCCAAUAGCUCAUGACAGUCAAGAGUGUGGAAAGCUGAUCAGGACCCACUAUCUGGUUUUCCCAUGUGAGUACCAAGGACCCAACCACAUGAGCCAUCACCUGCUGUCUCCCACAGUGAACAUCAGUAGAAUCUGGAUUGAAAGCACAGCCUAGACUUGAAAAAUGGACCCCUUAUAUGAGUCUUGGGCAUCCCAACGGCAUCUUAAUGGCUACAACAAAUGUCUGCCAUAGUUUUCCCUUCUUGAAGAGGGAAGGGAAUAUGAAGUUUUGAAGAUAUCAGGAGCUGGCAUUCCCAAGAGAUGUUUGAAAGCUGUAGGCAACUAACAAGAUAAGUUCUUUGACCCCAGAGAACAUUUUAACUCAAGAAAAAUAAAUUGGUGGGAGAUUUGACCUAUAGGAGGCAGAGGAGUUCACAGAGAAAGAAUAAUAACAGCUAAGUACACACCUGACUUCUUACCUGUUCUCUUGGGAAUAGAGAAUCAGCAGGGGAAAAAAUGGUAUUUUUUUUCUGCCCAGACCAGUGUCCCUGCAGGGAAAUCAGGAGUGCAGAGGCUGGAACACCAAGAGGGAGCUGUGACUAAUGAACAGAGACAGGGAGCUGUAAAUACAGUCCUCUUCUGUGGUCCAUCAAGAGUACAACCUCGACCUGGACAAAACACAGUGGUUGCUUUUGGAGUCUUGAUCUGACUCUGAAACCACUGCUGUACUCCUUCCUGCUGUCUUGUCACUUCUAAAGCUUCUGUCUCCAUCAUCAAUGAUCCAGGGAGGAAUAACUUGUCCAUAUGGGGGUUCUCUUCUGAGAGAACCCAUCUAGGUGAGCCUGAGAGCCCACUCACUACUGCAGGAAUGGCUCCGAGAGAGUGGAAGCUGAGAAUGUUUCUGUGAAGUCACCUGAUGUCCAAGCAAGUCUAAUUCAGAUAAACAGGUUGUAUUCUUACUCUUCUUUCUUGAUAAUUAUUCACUGUAUUUAUCUGUGAUGCUGGAAAACAGAAGUGUUCAUUGAAACCAGCCACACAGCACUCCUUUGUUGGCAACAAAAUGACGGUGCUGAAAGAACAGAUAGAGCAGAGAUUGAGAAGUGGCUCCAGGAAAAGUAUAACAAUGAUCUGAGGGAAGAGAAAAAUAGGAUGGUGACUCUGGAAGGAUAUAAACAAUGUAAGUGCAUUUUCUUACAUUUUUACCUAUAUUUGUUUUCAUUUGUUGGAGAAGCAGACAAUCACAGAGGGAAAGAGACAUAGAGUAAUACAGUGUACUCUGGAUCACUCCACAUAUGCCUGCAACAGUUAGUGCUCUGCCCGGAGAAAGCCAGGAGCUGGAAACUCCAUCUGGGUCUCUGAUGUCAGUGGCAAGAACACAACUAAAUAACCUGACACUUACUGCCAACCAGGAUAGAUUAGGAAGCAGAGUAAGAGUUCAAACCUAAGCAAGAACCAAAUAGAAACCCUACUUGGGUAUGCCAACAGGGAUUCUCCAAAAUGGAACCAGAUAGACCCAUGCAUAAAUACAUAAAUCACUACUCCAACAAGUAAUUACUAUUCAUGCAUUUCAUUCUGUGGGCAAUGACUGUAUGCAAAAAGUAGACAUGCUGUUUUUGUCCUUCCUGGUCAUCAUCUCAGCCAAAUGGAACCAGGCAAUGAAACACGACUUUCAACAUUUCUUCUUCUGGGAUUCUCAGAGGACCCAGCACUGCAGCCCCUCAUAUUUGGGCUCUUCCUCUCCAUGUACCUGGUCACUGUGGCUGGGAACCUGCUCAUCGUCCUGGCCAUCCUCUCAGACCCCCACCUCCACACACCCAUGUACUUCUUCCUCUCCAACCUGUCCUUGGUGGACGUCUGCUUCACCUCCACCACCGUCCCCAAGAUGCUGGUGAACAUCCAGACGCAGAGCAAAGCCAUCACCUAUGCAGGCUGCAUCACCCAGAUGUAUUUCUACUUGCUUUUUGGAGGUUUAGACAACUUCCUCCUGGCUGUGAUGGCCUAUGACAGAUUUGUGGCCAUCUGUCACCCCCUGCACUACACGGUCAUCAUGAACCCCCAGCUCUGUGUGCAGCUGGUCCUGGUGUGCUGGGUCAUCAGUGUCCUGCAUGCCUUGUUACACAGCCUACUGGUGCUACAGCUGUCCUGCACACACCUAGAAGUUCCCCAGUUUUUUUGUGAACUGAAUCAGAUGAUCCACAGUGCCUGCUCUGACACCUUUCUGAAUGAUGUGGUCAUCUAUUUUACAGUCGUGCUCCUGGGAGGAGGCCCCAUGGCUGGGAUCCUUUACUCCUACUCUAAGAUUGUCUCCUCCGUCCGUGCCAUCUCCUCAGCUCAGGGGAAGUAUAAAGCAUUCUCCACCUGUGCCUCUCACCUUUCCAUCGUCUCCUUAUUUUAUUGCACAGGGCUAGGUGUGUACAUUACUUCUCCCAUUACCCAAGACUCACACUCAACUGCAACAGCCUCGGUGAUGUACACCGUGGUCACCCCCAUGCUGAACCCCUUCAUCUACAGUCUGAGGAAUAAAGAGAUAAAGAGGGCUCUGCAAAUAUUUUUGGGCAGGAAAACAUGAUGGGCAAUUGCCUUAGGGCUGAAGGAGUGCCAAGAAUAGCAGGACGCAAAGUCUCAGGAAUUCUCACUCUUAAAUCUGAUUGUGAGGACAGAAUUUUCUCCCAUUGCUUACUUACUGGGGUUUCGAUUGUUGAAAUCAACUACUCUAUACAAGUUAAGUAACUCACUUAUUAUGCUCUGCUCUCUUCAGUAUCCUUCGUUUUCCCCUUUGAUGUUUUCCUUCUUUCCCAAAGUUAUUCCUAAAAUUGAACAGAAAUAGGUAGAAAUUUCUAUUUGCCUCAUGAGACAGUAGGAAUAUCUUAUCAAUAUUCCUAGUUGACAUAUAUUGUACUGAGUAGUAUCUUAAUGGAGGGUUAAUCUAACAAGUAUAAAGUUAACUGAGAUCUUUGUAAAAUAUAGGAAUGGGGAUAGGAGAGGGAGGAGGAAGAAGAAUAGGAGUGUGGGCGGGAGGGAGGUAGGAAGGGAAGAAUCACUGUGUUCCUGAAUCUGUGUGCAGGAAAUACAUGAGAUUUGUAUACCUUAAAUAAAAUUAUAUUUUAAAAGUCAUGCGUUUUACUUCUAUGGUUACAAUACUUGUGCAAACUAAAGUCAUGUAUGAAAUCUGUAGUACGCAAUUCUGAAACUGUAUUUUUUCUCUUUUAUAAAGUGAAUCAUUUC